GUGGGCGUUAAUUUCUCCUCCUUUUAGCUUGCGGGUACAAGUGAAUACUGAAUAAAGAUACAGUCAGUGUGUGUGUGUUUGAGCCUAAAAUAGCUGACGCAGUCUCUGUAGAGUAGUGCCAGUGUGUUGUUUAUACUCUUAUCAUAGCAGAUUGGACGGUUUAUUAGCGUUGGCCUGUGGUGUGUCUCAUAAAGCCCACUCCCUCUCUCUUUCUCAGACACACUCGCCCUCGUGGACUUGAAAUGGCUAGUAGUGGUUUCAGCUCUCAUAAUCUCAGUCUAAGGGUUCAGAAGAAAGUACUUGGAAAGCUAUCAAACAAGACUUUAGCAAAGAGUUUUGUGGACGACGAGCUCUCUCAACUCCUCGACACUCUACACUUGAUACUCUCAAAGGAAUUCGAGUCGAGUGAUGUGAGGUCGGAAAAGAUUGUCAAAAACUUGAUCAAGAUCAUCGUCAAACUCGGGAUAUUAUACAAAAACAAUCAGUUCAACGAUGAAGAGCUUCAGUUGGGAAUACAGCUUAGAAAGAAACUCCGCAAUGCCGCACUGACCAUCAUCAGCUUCUACGAAGUUGAUUUUUCAUACGACCCUGUAUAUCUCAUUAGCCUCGUCUCGGAAAUCAACGAACUCCUUCACAAGAUUGUGGAGCGACACUUAACACAGAAAAGUCACGCCAGGAUCAACUCAUUUACGGACGUUUUUCAAAAUAAGGAACUCCUUGAUAAGGUUUUUUUGCCUGAUGGGGACUAUCAUUCUCAUCUUGCUACCAUUUCCAAGGCUUUCGAUAAGGUGGUAGAGUCGGAAUGGUAGUUACAUGUAGCCCUGUAGCAUAAAUGUCAGUAUUAUAGUAAUAGAAAUUAAUUUUAUUUUAUCUAUUGAGAUAUUAUUAUUAUCAGUCAUCCUUCAGGCUAAUUUAAUAGGAGUUAGCAUUUGUAUUAUAUUUCUAUUAUUAUGUUGUUGUUGGUGUCAUACUUCCCUUUGUUUGUUCUUCAUUUUUGUUCACAAUAAUAUUAUUAUUGACUGGUCCACCUGUAUUGUGUUGUCAUUUACUAUUUUACAUCAAAAAUAGAGUAUAGUA